UGACAGCCAAUAUUGGUACAUUGAUGGAUUUAUAUGGCGUGGAGAAAGGCCUAGAGCAUUAUCGGAGUACACAAAACUUGACAUUUGAUCAGUAUAUGUAUUAUUUACAAAAAGAGGUAUUCUCUUCUGUAACUGAUGCUACCUCUAUACAUACAUUGAAAAGACUGGAGGAAGGUAUAGAUGAAAUCUGUUGGCUGGUCUGUAGAAAGAACUAUCUGGAAAGAUCCCAUCCAGUCUUUGAAAAUCACAGUGUUUACCAGUUGUUUAGAAUUUACUGUCUACUGGCUGAGACAGAUUCCAAUGCAACAGAUUCUUAUCUGGUAACAAUGCAUGGCGAUGAAGUGGCGCGAAUUGCUUCCCAUCUGGCAAUGUCCUUGGGUCUGCAGUGGGACGCUAUAGAUUUUUCUGCUCUAUCAGCAGCUAUCAAAAUGUUUAGAUUUCCCACAUUCCUAGCAGUUCUCGAAUCUAAGUACAGUGGUGGUAAUACCUUGGACACUGUGGCAUUAACAGAAGCUAUUGAUGAUCUCUACCAGAUUUAUGUGGAGAAUGUAGUGAAAAAGGGUUAUUUGAUGAAGAAAGGUUUUUUAUUGCCAACACUACGAUAUUUCUGGUUUGUACUGCGCCCUGGCGAAUUGACAUAUUAUAAAGAUCGACACCAAAAAGAACCGUCCGGAUUGAUAUUGUUGAACGCUAACUGUUGGGCUGACUCUCUGCCAAAUAAUGGGAAACUUGAUAGAAGAUUUGUUCUUAGUACACCCGAACACAGAUGUAUAGAGCUAGUGGCAGAGGACCAUAAAGGUAGGCUGCAAUGGCUUGCAGCAUUGCAAACGGCCAUUCAGCAUUCGGGCGAGAAGAUCGGCUAUCAGAGGAGUUUGGCCAAUCAAAGAAGAUCUUUGCGACAAGCUACUAAACAAGAAAAAGAAGAGACCAAGCUGGAACUUCAGCAUGAAAGGCAAGCUAGGAUUGCUGCUGAAAUACAAGCUCGGAAAUUAGAAGCUCUAUCGAAAGAGGAAGGUGCCAAAGUUCAACAACUGGAAGAUGUUAAACAGAAAUUAGAGCUGCUGCUACAAGAAGAAAAACAGGCUCUACGCGAUGAGGAAAUAGUACGAAAUUUGCAAGCAAGAGUAUUACGCGAAGAAUGGGAGAAAAGAGAGCAAUUGGAAAAGCUGCAGCAGGAGCAGCAAGAAUUGUUGGAGAUGGAGAAGAUGAAAAGACUAGAGUUUGAACGAAUGCAACAGAAAAACGAACAGCAGUUGCAUGAAGCCGAAUUGCGACUUCAGCAACUGGAAAUGGAAAGAGAGCAUCUGGAUACUGAAUUGCGUGUCGCACGUGAAAAAGUAAAACAUGCCGAAGAGGCUCAAUUUCUACUGGAAACGCAAAUCGUGACGCGUCCUCUAAAAGGAGGCGAAAAGAUCAAACGUACUCAAAGCUUCAUACCGACGACGAAAGAGCGACCACUGUCCAUGGAAAAUAUCGACACCAGAACUAUGGCAUUGCAAAAAAAUAUUUGAUACAUAUUUCGCCAUUGAGAGCUACAAAAAUCAAUGCAUUUAUUAACCAAGUUGCAUUUAAGUCUUCCACCAAAUAGAAUAAUACAAAGAGCUUAUAGAAACUAUUACUACACAACAUUUACUAUUGUAUAAUAUAGUUGCAGGGCAACUAUAGUAUAUUUUCAUGAAGAAUGUGAGCUUCGAUCAAGAUGCAAAUUUGAUAGUUUUUUAUUCUCAAUGCCUUGAUUUAUUUACAAUUUUAGUAAAAAAGUAUUUAAUAUUGCAUAUACAAAUAUUGUAUAUGUCCAUACUCUUGCAUAAAAUUAUUGUCUCAAAAAAAUAAUAUGACAUUUACAUUUUAUAAGUGUUUAUUAAAAAAGAUAAUAUUAAUAUCUUUUGAAGAUUGCAUAACAUAUUUUUGCUUAAUAUAUAAAAAUAUAUAUACAAAUAUAUUUUUUAUGUUUCAAGUUAUUACAGAGUAUAGAGCGAUAUAAUAUAUUUAAUAUAUAAAUUUUCAUAUCUAAUUUUAUUGAAACAGAAUUGCAAAGUCUUUAACACUACGUAUAUGUGUAUAUGUGAAAAUAUUUUUAUAAAAUUUUAUAAGUGACUAAAAUUUUUGAUUACAAAUUUUAUAUUAUAUUCCAGUGGAAAUGAGAGAGUUUGUUUUAAGUCAAAUAAAAUUUUUAUAAUGUAUUAUAAGCCACAUAAUAUAUUGUAUCAAUUAGAACUUGAUCAACACAUUAUUGAUCAAACAUGUGUUUAUCUAGUUGACCGUAACAGAGGUCUUAUUAUCGUUAUUCUUACGGAAAAUUUGUAUCUUGUUAAGAAUAAACUAUUUAAAUAUUA